AGAAUUGUUCAAAGUGGUGAGGGAGGAUGGCCACAGCGGCUUCCAAUCCUUACCUGGCCAGCAACAGCAUUCUCUCAUCAGCCUCGAUCGUGCACUCGGAGUCCAGAGGUGGUGGCAUGCAGCCGGGAAGCGGUGCCGUAACAUCGGUGUCGGGAGGUUACAGAGGAGACCCCGCGGUCAAGAUGGUGCAGAGCGACUUCAUGCAAGGAGCCAUGACGGCCAGUAACGGGGGGCACAUGCUGAGCCAUGCCCAUCAAUGGGUUACCUCACUGCCACAUGCGGCUGCCGCGGCCGCCGCCGCCGCAGCCGCUGCAGCGGCAGAAGCCGGCUCCCCUUGGUCCUCCAGCCCAGUUGGCAUGGCCGGUAGCCCACAGCAACAAGACCUGAAGAACAGUUCAAACAGAGAAGAUUUACACCCGGGCACCGCGUUGCACCACAGACCCUCGCAUUUAGGGGCUCACCAGUCGCACCAAAGCGCAUGGGGUGGCACCACAGCCUCCCACAUCCCGACCAUCACCGGAGGACAGCAGCAGUCCCAGCAGGCUCUCAUUUAUUCCCAGCCGGGUGGUUUCACAGUCAACGGGAUGUUGAGCCCUCCCGGGAGUUUAGUCCACCCGGGGCUGAUGCGAGGAGACUCUCCAGAAAUGGAUCACCAUCAUCACCACCACCAUCAUCAGCAGCAGCAGCACACUCACCACCACCACCACCACCAGCAGCACCACGCGGGAGUGAACAGCCACGACUCGCACUCAGACGAGGACACGCCGACCUCCGACGACCUGGAACAGUUUGCCAAACAGUUUAAGCAGCGUCGGAUCAAACUGGGUUUUACUCAAGCCGACGUCGGGUUAGCGCUUGGAACUCUUUACGGAAAUGUUUUCUCGCAGACCACCAUUUGCAGGUUCGAGGCUCUCCAGCUGAGCUUUAAAAACAUGUGCAAACUCAAGCCGCUGCUGAACAAGUGGCUAGAGGAGGCCGACUCGACCACGGGCAGUCCCACCAGCAUCGACAAAAUAGCAGCUCAAGGCAGGAAACGAAAGAAGCGCACCUCCAUCGAGGUGAGCGUGAAGGGAGCCUUGGAGAGCCAUUUUUUGAAAUGCCCCAAACCGGCAGCGCAGGAGAUAUCCUCUCUGGCGGGCAACCUCCAGUUGGAAAAGGAGGUGGUUCGGGUCUGGUUCUGCAACCGAAGGCAGAAGGAGAAGAGGAUGACGCCGCCCGGGGUCCCUCAGACGCCCGAGGACGUGUACACCCAUGCCGGCAACGGGAGUUUUGUGAUAGAUUACUUAAAAGGUGCAAGUUUGAAAGAUGAACCUGACAGCAACUACAACGUGACAUCUGCGAGCUCCUAUGGCCAGGAGAUUCUGGUGCACUGACACCGAAAUCCCGAAAUCAUAACCAGCCCAAAACCAACAUAGACUUUAUGGAUUGAAAUGACAAAAGAACUCCCACGGACAUGGA